AAAAUUCAUUACAAAACCAAUUCUCUAAGGAAAAAAAAUAUCUGAAAAGAAAAUGUCGGAAACCAACAAGAAUGCCUUCCAAGCCGGUCAGGCCGCUGGCAAAGCUGAGGAGAAGAGCAAUGUUCUGCUGGACAAGGCCAAGGAUGCUGCUGCUGCAGCUGGAGCGUCCGCACAACAAGCGGGAAAGAACAUAUCGGAUGCAGCAGCUGGAGGUGUUAACUUUGUGAAGGAUAAGACCGGCAUGAACAAGUAGCUAGCGAUCCAGAAUCACAGCAAUGGAAUGUUCUAAUUAAUUGUUGGGGAUUUUAAAUAAAUUUGGGAGUUCGAUCUAUCAAUUGAUUCUCAUGAUAUUCAUCGUACCAUGUUGUUGCUGAUGUUGUUGUUGUUUUUAGUCUCUUGUAAUGUUUUUAAUGUUUCUCUCCCUUUAGAUGUAUGUUUGGAUGUUUAAUGUAAUUUAGCUUCAAGUCAAUCAAAAACAUCUACUUAUUACGUUCCA